GAAGGCGGUUAAACCACAAUGUUACGCUAUUAACAGUACUAACCAGCAAAAUAUUAACCGCGAGUUAAUCACGGUUUAUUAACCACGAUUACGCGGUGAUACUUCAUGUAUCCACACGACGGCGCUACAAAGCUGAAACACUUUGUCUUGGCAUCUAUUUUUAACUGGACCGACUCAAGUGUCAAGUUCCCCACCGUUAGCUAUCGUGUUGUUACCUCGCUGUCCCCUGCCGCCUCGCCAUGUUGUUGGGUUAACUCUGUCGCCCCAGUUUUGUGAUUUUGCCGCAGAAUAUCUUUCAUAGCGUCGGUGACAGCCGUCAAAGUGCCAAGAUGUCGAAUGUGUCUUACCACAUCUCCAACCUGUUGGAGAAAAUGACAUCCACUGACAAAGACUUUAGGUUCAUGGCCACCAACGACCUGAUGCUGGAGCUCCAGAAGGACAGCAUCAAACUGGACGAGGACAGCGAGAGGAAAGUGGUGUCCAUGUUGCUCAAGCUGCUGGAGGACAAGAACGGGGAGGUGCAGAACCUGGCUGUGAAAUGCCUGGCGCCUCUGGUGAGCAAAGUGAAGGAGCCUCAGGUGGAGACGAUGGUGGACACGCUGUGUUCAAACAUGAUGUCAGAUAAGGAGCAGCUGAGGGACAUUUCCAGCAUGGGACUGAAGACCGUGAUCUCUGAGCUGCCGCUGUCUUCGUCAGGUUUGAACCUCACAGCCAGUGUGUGUAAGAAGAUUACCUCGCAGCUGAUUGGUGCAAUGGGCAAACAGGAAGACGUGUCAGUUCAGUUGGAGGCCCUGGACAUCCUGUCGGACAUGUUGGGAAGGCUGAGUGGUGCGCUGGUCAGCUUCCACGGCUGUCUGCUGUCCAGCCUGCUGCCUCAGUUAACCAGCCCCAGGAUGGCGGUGAGGAAGCGCUCCAUCUUGGCUCUCGGCCACCUGGUGCCCUGCUGUAGCCCCGCCCUCUUCUCCCAGCUGACUGAACACCUGUUGACAGAGCUGACCAAAAAGGGCCUGUCCACUUCAGUGACGAGGACGUACAUCCAGUGCCUGGCGACCAUCAGCCGUCAGGGUGGCCAUCGAGUCGGUGAGCAUUUAGAGAAGCUGAUCCCCUUGGUGGUUAAGUUCACUGGAGCGGAGGAUGACGAGCUGAGAGAAUAUUGUUUCCAGGCCUUUGAAGCUUUCAUUCGCAGGUGCCCAAAGGAAAUGUCUCCCCAUGUUGCCACGGUAACACAGCUUUGUCUUAAGUUCAUGUCCUUUGACCCAAACUACAAUUAUGAUGACGAGGAGGAGGAAGAGGACAGCAUGGACGUGGAGGACGGGCUUGAUGAAGAAUCGGACGACGAGUACAGCGACGACGACGACAUGAGCUGGAAGGUGCGGCGCUCCUCCAUCAAGUGCCUGGAGGCGCUGAUCGGCACCAGGCGGGAUCUCCUCCGCUCCUUCUACGCCUCCAUCUGCCCCGCCCUGCUGGCCCGGUUCAAGGAGCGCGAGGAGAACGUGAGGGCUGACGUCUUCGCUGCUUUCUCCACCCUGCUGAGGCAGACGCGAGCGGGAUCGGGUCAGCGCGGCCUCGUCGCAGCCGGUCCGGACCGCGGGGAGGAGGAGCCGGCGCUCGCCCUGCUGCAGAAACAGGUGCCGCUGGUCGUGAAGGCUCUCCACAGACAGCUGAAGGAGAAGAGCGUUAAAGCUCGGCAGGGCUGCUUCUGCCUCCUCACCGAGCUGGCUCAGACCGUACCUGGAGCCCUGGAGCAGCACAUACCUGCUCUGAUACCUGGCGUUGUGUUCUCCCUGACAGACAAGUCCACCUCCUCCACCAUGAGGAUCGAUGCUCUGUCCUUCUUCCACGUCCUCCUGCUCUCCCACCCUCCUCAGGCCUUUCAGCCGCACAUGCAGGUGCUGCUGCCUCCGGUGAUGUCGUGUGUGGAAGACAGUUUCUAUAAGAUCACGUCGGAGGCCCUGCUGGUCACCCAGCAGCUGGUCAGAGUGCUGAGGCCUCAGGGAGAGACCGCCGCCGCGGGAGGAUUCGACCCCAAGCCAUUUGUCAGAGAGAUGUUUCCUGUAACCCUGAAGAGGCUGAAAGCAACAGACAUCGACCAGGAAGUGAAAGAGAGGGCCAUUUCCUGCAUGGGUCACAUGGUGUGUCACCUGGGCGACCACCUGCAGGCGGAGCUGCAGGGUGUCCUGACGAUAUUCCUGGAGAGGUUAAAGAAUGAGAUCACGAGACUGACAGCAGUCCGGACCCUCACCCUCGUCGCUGCUUCACCAUUAAAGAUCAACCUGUCGUCCAUCAUGGCGGACGCUCUGUCGGUGUUGGCGUCUUUCUUGAGGAAGAACCAGCGGGUCCUGAAGCUCGGCACGCUGGCGUGUCUGACCGCGCUGGUCACGCAUCAUGCUGCCAGCAUCAAACCUGCAGCGCUGGAGCCCGCGCUGAGUGAACUUCCUGCUCUGGUGGACGAGAGCGACAUGCACGUAUCACAGGUGUCCGUCACCUUGCUCACCUGCAUGGCCAAGGCCUGCCCCUCCUCUCUGGCGAAGAUCAGCUCCUCGGUGCUGCCGGGAGUCUUCGCGCUCGUCCAUUCUCCGCUGCUGCAGGCUGCUGUGCUGGCAGCCAUCCUGGACUUCCUGCAGGCGCUGGUGCUGUCCAAAACCAGUAACCUGGGCUACAGUCAGCUGCUGAAGUCUCUCACAGAGCCGUUUCACAGAUCUCCGUCCUCGGUGGACUCGUCCGUCGUCCACAGACAGUCGUAUCACUCGGUGGCUCGCUGUGUGGCUGCUCUGUCCUCUGUCUGUCCCAGAGAGACACCAGGCACUGUGGCCGGCCUCAUGCAGGAGGUGAAGAAUCCUGCCUCUGUGGAGUCCGCUCGGGUCCUGGCUCUGUUGUGUCUGGGGGAGGUGGGGAGGAGCGGCAGCUUGGGAGGAAGUAAGGAGGUGCAGGGGGUCAUCCUGGAGGCCAUCGCCUCCACCAAUGAGGAGGUGAAGACGGCGGCGUCCUGUGCUUUAGGCAGCAUGGCGGUCGGCAGCCUGGGCGACUACCUGCCCUUCCUGCUGAAGGAAAUCUCCUCCCAGCCGCGGAGACAGUACCUGCUCCUGCACUCCCUCAAAGAAGUCAUCAGUGCCUGUCCAGCCUCCAGUCUGUCACCCCACAUGGAGUCUAUCUGGGCCUUGCUGUUUCAGAACUGCGAGUGUCAGGAGGAGGGGACCAGGAAUCUGGUGGCUGAAUGUCUGGGAAAGCUGACCUUAGUCAACCCUGCCCAGUUAUUACCCAGACUUAAACAGCAAAUUAAAGCUGGUUCUCCUUUGGCUCGCAGCACAGUCGUGACUGCCAUCAAGUUCACUAUCGUCGACCAACCUGCUCGUAUUGAUUCCCUGCUCAACGACUGCAUCGGUGACUUCCUGAAGACCCUGCAGGAUGAGGACAUCAACGUGCGCCGCGUUGCUUUGGUGAUGUUUAACUCUGCAGCUCACAACAAACCAUCUCUGAUCCGGGGUCGCCUAGCAACAGUGCUGCCUCACCUGUAUAAAGAGACCCAGAUCAGGAAGGACCUCAUCAGAGAAGUGGAGAUGGGUCCGUUCAAACACACCGUGGACGAUGGUUUGGAUGUGCGUAAAGCAGCGUUUGAGUGUAUGUACACUCUGCUGGACAGCUGCCUGGAGGGACUCGACAUCCUGCAGUUCCUGGAUCACGUAGAGGAAGGACUCAAAGACCACUACGAUAUCAGGAUGCUGACUUUCCUGAUGCUUGCUAGACUGGCCUCUCUGUGUCCUGCAGCCGUCCUCCAAAGACUGGACAGACUGAUAGAACCACUUAAAGCUACCUGCACCACCAAGGUAAAGGCUGGGUCUGUCAAGCAGGAGUUCGAGAAGCAGGAGGAGCUGCGGCGCUCUGCCAUGCGCGCCGUCGCCGCCCUGCUGGCCGUGCCCGAGGUGGAGAGGAGCCCCAGCAUGGCUGACUUCGCCAACCAGAUCAGAACCAACGCUGACAUGGCAUCCAUCUACCAGAGCGUCCAGGGAGGGGAGGGAGGACACCCAGGAGCCAUGGAGAGCAUGGAUAUGAGCUAGACCGGAGAGUGGAAGAUGUUUUGCUAUGAUGUUUUUACAUAGACAGGGUUUAGCUAUAUUUUAGAAGCUGGCCUUUUUAGUAUGAAUUUCCACUCUGGCAAAUGAUGCAAAGAUUUAAUGAGAGACACGUAAUAUGUUAACUUAAAUGAAUUUUUCAUUUUCUGUCUGUCCAUUCUGUGUUCUUCCCAGUAAGAGUGCGGUUUAAUGUAGUUCACAAGAAAUAAAAUGGAAGCAACACA